GCCCAAACCCAAUGAAUACUCCAAAAACCCUAAUCUAUUGUUCUUUCCCUGAGCUAACAGAACGGCCACUUCUUCACUUUGCUCUCUCAGGUAAUUUGUUGCUGACUUGCUGUCGUUGGCCAAUUCCUGAAUUUUGAAGAUGCCGUCUCACAAGACUUUCAGAAUCAAGAAGAAGUUGGCCAAGAAGAUGAGACAAAACAGGCCUAUUCCUCACUGGAUUCGGUUGAGGACUGACAACACCAUCAGGUAUAAUGCUAAGAGAAGGCACUGGCGCCGCACCAAGCUUGGAUUUUAAGGUGUUUAUCGUGUGGUUCGCUCUUCGUCCUGUUUUGAACCUAUUUAAGUUAUAUGUUGGUUGUGGAGAAGACAAAGGAUAGCGAGCUAGAUAUUUGAAUUUUUUGCUCUUAGUUUAAGAACUUAUUGAAGAGAAACUUACGGGAAUUUUUAGAUCUACUUCUGUUCAAUUUAUAUCUGGAGUAAUUUUGCAUUCUUAAGUUAAUAUUGGUUUUGGGGCUUA